UCGUAGCCAAACAGCCGCUAAGCCCACCCACCUUUCGCUCUCGCUGCAUACGCACAGGCACUGUAAAUCAUUGCUCUCAGUAACAGUAGCAGUAACGUUGAGCUUCAUAAAACCCUGGAAGUAUAGAUUCCACCAAUCUGGGGGGCGAUCCGGAUUCAGAUCUAGUGAGCGUGCUAAGGAUUUCGGCCUGAAGUUCUUCCAUUUCUUCGAUUAUAAGGUGUUGAAACAAUUGGCAAUGGAGUUGGAGAUAAAUGAAGCUUACUUCUAUGAACAACCCUUUGCUGCAGUGAUCUCCUUCCUUCCUUGACUAAAAAGUCAUGUCUAGAAGGGCACUACCAUCUCGACGUGCGGUUGAUAAUGGAAGCAUUCCUCUGGCAAGCUCGUUGCAACAAAAGUCCCGCUCAUCUCCCUUUCUAACAAUUGGACUUGUUCUUGUGGUUGCCUUUCUUGUCAUCGGAUACACUUAUACUGGCUCUGGUUAUGACAGUGAAAAAGAUGCUUUGAACAGAGGUGAAGGUAUUUCUUGCACUGCAGAAGUUCAGCGAGCAAUACCAAUACUGAAGAAAGUGUACGGUGAGAGCAUGCAGAAGGUUUUGCAUGUGGGCCCUGAAACUUGUUCAGUAGUUUCCAUGUUGUUAAAAGAAGAAGAAACUGAAGCUUGGGGUGUUGAACCAUACGAUUUGGAAGAUGCUGAUAGUAGCUGUAGGAACCUUGUUAAGAAAGGCAUUGUUCGUGUGGCUGAUAUCAAGUUUCCUCUACCUUACAGGCCAAAAUCAUUUUCUGUUGUGAUAGUGUCAGAUUCCCUGGAUUAUCUGUCUCCAAAGUACCUUAACAAAACCCUGCCAGACUUGGCAAGGGUUUCUGCAGAUGGUCUUGUUAUAUUUGCUGGUUAUCCCGGCCAGCAGAGAGCUAAAGUUUCUGAGCUAUCCAAAUUUGGAAGACCGGCCAAGUUACGGAGUUAUUCAUGGUGGAUUAGAUAUUUCAUCCAAACGGGCUUGGAAGAGAACCAGGCAGCUUCUAGAAAGUUCGAGCAGGUUGCCAACAAGAGAUCCUAUCGGCCAAACUGCCAAGUUUUUCACCUUAAUUCCCACAGCUGAUCAGGGCCUGAGUAUGAUUACAUUAUUCUGGAGCUUUACCGGCAAUCUUCUUGAACUCUUUCUUGUUGAGUGCUUUGCUUUUGUUAGUAGAAUAGUUUUCAGGCACUCAUAUAAUGCCAUGGGUAACUUGCAAGCUUGUUUAAAGUUGAUUGCAAUGUAAAAGGAAUGAUUACUGAAAUCACUCUUAUAGUUUGAUUAAUUUCUAGUCUGGUUGAUUUGAUCCUUUGGUGAAGUCAA